UGUCUCAAGUACAUUGCAAAAUCGAUUGAACAUCGUAUUAGAAAACUGCUUGUCCGUUGUUCUAAUGAUCUUUGCAUUUCUCCUGUUGUGAAUCCCAGAGCACAACUAGAUUCAUCAACACAAGUACCUCAGAGCAACUAAAUCCCACACCGUUUCCCACCAUUUCUCAAUUCCUAUUCCUCAUCCCUCCCGGUUUUCAUUAAACUGUACGUUGGUUAUCGGGGUGGAAUGGAUCGCACUUCCUGCAUUCGUAGUCGAAAUGCCAUCUAUACGUGGGGUCGUACUUUGGCAUACCGGGCUCCUUAUCCUUGCAUGAUACCUUUGAUUUGUUCUCUUCGCAUUCGUAGGUUCUGCGAUAGGUUGGUGGGCAUGGGCAAUAGUAGUGGGGUUUCCCCAUUCGCACAUCUUUUGUUGUCUGUUUGUUUAUUCUCUUGCUGGUUUGGGGGAGGAUCGGUUGGGAAGAGAUUCGAGACUAUGGAGCUCGAGGUGCGCUGGUUUACUCUCACUAACUUGGUAUCUUUCAAGUGUAGCUCGUUUGACUCCUUGAGGUGGGCGAGAAGUUGAGGUCGAGGCUGCGUUUAGAGAUUCCAGAAUGAACCGUGAGGACCCCAAG